CGCAGCCUUGGAAAACAAGUAUGGCAAUAGGUGGAAAAGCUUUAAAGCCUCCUUGAAUCGCAUGUGGCAAUCAAAGAACCGCGGCAGCCCCGUUCCCGAGUACUUGGAACUUCAAAACAUAGACGAACAGGAAGCAACCACGCGGGAAACCGUAGAGUGGGCAACGCAAGAGCUACGGAUGCGUUAUCCCAAUUUCGAGGCUGACGACAUAAAGCUCACAGAACGCGGAAACAAAGUCCUCAUAAGCGUCAGAGACAUGAGAUAUCCCGACGCUAACCGUUGGACCAAACCACAACUUCUCUUCGAUGAUAGUGGCUCAGUCAAGGUUAACGUGGCGAGAUUAAGGGGCUUCCAACUAGCUACCCGAAGUGCGUUAGAAAGGUUGGCAACCCUGAACAAAAGGGUUGCGUUAGAAAAACGCGCCGAGGGGCUACAAGAAACGUUGGAUGAAAGGGAAGCAGAUUACAUGAGACAGAACCAACUGCUCGCCGAUGCUCAAAAGAGAGAACUUGACGAUAAGAAUCAGCUAAUAGUACAGAUGAAAGAACAAAGAGACAAAGCUCUACACGAUAGAGACCGGGCCCAAAAGGCCUUCAAGCUUGCCCUGCAAGACCUGAAUAUGAGCAAGGAAGAAGCUAAAAACUUGCAUGUCACCAUAGCCAACUCUUUAGAGGAACGGCGGCAGUUGGUUGCCGAAAUCAACACCAAAGAAGAGCAAAUCAGGCAAAUGAGCCAGGCCAUCGAAGACUUGGAGGGGCAAAUAGAACAACAGCAGGAAAUAAUUAAUGACCAGGCUUGCCCCGAAGAGGAAAGGGAGGCAGCCCAAAAGGAAUCAGAAACCCUUCAGGGCAAGUUCGCUGUACUCUGUGAUCGCAGACGGACGUUACCGCAGUUUCUCGAUUGGUCGUAACGCGUGGAAGUCUCUCAUCCCAGACUCUUCUCUGCAGAAAUACUGCAACAAAGAGGGCUUCAAUAACGUUGCAAACCAACGACACGUCCGCAUUGGUAUCCUGAGUAACGAGCAGAAUAAYUGUGGAUCUCCAGACUCUCUGAUCGGGUUUGGAAUAACUGRUCCUAUGCCGGACGAAUACUGUCACACUGAUGGGUCUAUAUCUUCUGGUAAUACCGCAGGAUGCGAGGCUGAUAAUGGGGUGAAGAACAUCGCAACCCAUGGUUACAUACUGGCACAGUAGGCCAAUGUUCAACAUGAACCCAUGCAGGGAAGAAAUUAUCAGUAAGGUGUUGGGUAUAAUAAAAUGAUGUAGGGUAAUAAUCUAAAGUAGAAAUGAUGUCRCUAARAUGCAAGAUUGAAGUAAGGUGUAAUAAAAUAAGUUGUUGUCAUGAUGAGAUGA